UUUAACAUUAUGAUUAUUUGAUACAUUAAAAUCUUUGUAUAAGAUCAUUGUGAUUUAACAUCGUACCUUUGACAAUCCCGAGUAUACUAGGUAGAUAGUGCUUUACGGACGGAUCUUGGAAAAAUGAAGAUAGAUAUUCAGGGCAAAGAUGAUAUAGUACUCUGGAAGGUUACAAUAAACUAAUGGGAACAAGGAAUACGAGAGUGAGUCAGUCGUCACUACACUCGAAGAUAGAGGCUCUCAUAUGGGCAAUGGAAUGCAUGAAGAAUCUUAGACAGUUUUGUGUUACUUUUGCAACGGAUUGUGCUCAAUUAGUGAAGAUGGUUUCGGAACCAGAAGAGUGACCAGCCUUUGCAAGCUAUUUGGAAGACAUAAAUUUUUUGAAGAGAAGUUUCAACGGAGCAGAGAUCAGUCAUAUACCACGGACACAUAAUUCAAAGGCGGACAGUCUCGCACGCAGUGCAAGGAAACAACCGUCGUUUGUCAUUCAUAUGGAUGCAGAACUACUGGUGUGGUUCGCAGAGUCUACAUGAGUCUGCUUUGUUGCUGACAAAAAAAAAAAAAAAAGAUCAUUGUGAUUUUAAAUUUGGAAUAUCGAAAGUUGAUGGACUACUGUCUACUGACAUAACUAAAAUAACUAAAAAAUUAAACGUGAGACUACAUUAACUUAUAAAGUGGGAUAGGCUUGAAGUCCAUUGGAAAACAGAAAGGACUUGCACAGUUACGAAAAAAGAAACUGAAUAGUUUUGGUGCCUGGGCAUUAACAAGUAUUGGAUAUUUGCACUAACCGCUAUUGAUAAAAGAGAACUCAACUUCUUGAUGAAAAAUCACAACAUAUCAUAUAAAAUGUUACAUAUAACAUACUAAUUAGUUAUGAUGCAAACAUGUUAUAAAUAGCGCCAUUGUUCAAACUUCAAAGUCAACCUACCAACCACAAAUACAUUCCUCAGCGUCCUUGUUCUUAAUUAUUGUAUCAUUUCCUUUGAUCAUCAUACCAGUAAUUAUUUUUUCCUUCAAAAACAAAGUAGAUAGGAUUGUUGCAUGGACCGGAAACCCAAACCGGCUAAAGUUUGGCCCUCAUGAACCUUCUCAACUGUACAAUCACUGGUCAUCAUGGUUCGGUAUUACAACUACACCUCUUUCUCUUACUCUUAUCCGGCCAUGCUUCGGCUCAAGCCACUCAUGUCGAGUCAGAUAUGUAUGAAAAAAGCUAUCGGUUGGACCCAACCAUGAAAAUACUCAUGCUCGUCAUGGCAAGCGUUUUCUUCACUCUCGGGUUUUCCUCCAUAUCUAUCCGUAGGUGGAUUGAGCGAAUCACUGGGAUGAACAACACACACUCCGUCGACGCUGGUGGUAACUGGCUUUCCCUGAGCUACCCGCAGGCGCGUGGACUCGAGGCAUCGGUCAUUGAGAAUUUUCCGACGUUCCAAUACUCAACGGUGAAAACGCUCAAGAUCAACAAAGAGGCCCUUGAAUGUCCUAUAUGCUUAAACGAGUUCGAGGACGCUGAAAUCUUGCGUUUGGUUCCUAAAUGUUGCCACGUGUUCCAUACUGAUUGUAUAGAUGCUUGGUUCCAGUCUCACGCCACAUGUCCUCUAUGCCGCGCAAAUCUCGUCCCUGUACUGGGAGAAUCAGUUGUUUCUAUCCAGAUACCCGGUUUAACCGAUGACGCUCCCUGUUCUGAAUUAACCGGUGAUCGGAAUACGGUUUUGGGUUCUCCGGAUGCGAGAUUGAUUGACUCGGUGGCGUUGACCUGUAACCAGAGUAUGCCACGUAGGUCUUUGUCUACCGGUUGGAAUUUAGCCGAAAUUUUCACCACCAGUCAACAUGAGGGGAAUCUCGACCGGUUCACACUUAGGUUACCGGAAGACAUUCACAAUAAGCUCGUGCACCGGAGCCAUUCAAAAGGCCACGUGGCGUUUCCUCAUAUGAUGAGUUCAUCAAGUGGGUACAGAACCAGAAGCCUAGAGAAUGAUGCAAACUAUUUCUACUAUGAACGGUUUGACCAAGAUGGUCGGUUAGACCGUAGACCAUUCUCCAUAACUCCUCCGUACCGGACAUGUUCGAUGAAAUCACCGUUUGACUGGUUUUUUCUUGAAAAGAACAACAUCGGUGAACGUUCGUCCGAUCACCUUCGCUCCGGCCAUGAUAACUCAUCGGGAGACCAAGUUGUGUAAUUGGUUAUUUGAGGAAGUCUUACAUAUUUUUUAAAUUCUUCAUUUUCAGUUUUAAUGUUGCGGGCGUCCUCACUUUUUUUUCUAAGGAUUUAAUCUUUACUUUGUGCAAAAAUUUAGGAUGAAACUUAUUUAUCAAAACUUAUUUAAGCAAAAGAACAUUCCCUCUUAAUUGCUUAAACUCUUGAUGCCUCUCUCUUUCGUGUUGUUCUUUGUUACCCGGAUGAUCCCUUGUUGGUGGAUACCUCUUCUAUCUAUAAUCCAGACUUUGAUUGUCCUUAGUUUAUAAGGAUUUUGUCUAAACUUCCUUAUCUCACCCGGAUAAUGUUACUUUGUAUUGGGAGUAAUUGGUUGGGCUGUAAAUACUUAUAUCAGCUUUAACUUUUAUCUACAACUUUUAAAAUAUCAAUCAUGGUUUAAAUCCGUUAAAUCAUUUUAAAGCUAUAGUAAAAAAAAUAAAAAAAUUGCAUAAAACCUCUAUUUUCUAAAGCAAUAUUUUAUAUUUUGUAGGAAAAAUGUAAAGCUACAGAAAAUACAUCUACAACAAAAAAUUAUACAUCCAAUUUGUUAGCACAAAAUUUAAAGCUACAUCUCAACUAAUCACCCCCAAUCGGUUUUGCAAGGAAACAUUUUUAGAGUAUACUAUAUGUUUGUCAAAAGAACUACAAUAGAAACUCUUUAAAUUAAUAAACACUAUAAAUUAAUGACAAAUCCUAUUAAAUAUAUGGUCCUAUUAAAAUCAAAAAUUAAUAAGCUAUCUAUAUAUAUAUUUUAUAUAAGUACAAACUAAGCUGUAUAUAUAUAUUAUAUAAGUACCUCUAUUUUUCUUAACAUUUCAAUAUGUUUAUUUGAUAUUUACUAAAUUAUUUCAAAAAUUACAUAUCAAUUCUCUGAAAUAUAAAAAUAUACACCAAAUAAUAUAAUAAAACAAUAUAAAAGUCAAAUUUCUAAAAUUUAAUCAAUGUAUAUACGAUAUAAUUAAAUAUAUUUUUACUAGUUGAUGGUCCGCACCUUGUGCGGACAAAUAUAUAUAUACCUAAUGAAUUUAAAUUUUCAAAUUAGAUAAAAAAUUAAAUUAAUAUUAUAAAUUAUAAAAUUUCAAUUAUUGGGUGUAAAUUUUGGAGCAGAAAUUAGCAAUAAUCAAAUUAAAAAGCUUAAAUUUAUUUAUUGUAUUUAUUGGACUGAAAAAUUCCAUUGGAGCUGAAAGGAAUAUAAACAAUCACAAUCCAUAAAACAUCGAUAGAAUAACAAUAUCUAAUAAAUAUUAUAUAUACUAUAUAAUUUAUAUUUUAAAAACAGUGACAAAAAAAAAUUAAAAACAUUAUCUAUAUAUUCUCUUAGAUUAUAUUCAUAUUCUGUUUAUUAUUUGUAAGUUUUAAUGUUAUUUGUUUAUCCUA